GCAGGAGACUAAAACCUGACGAACACAUGAAAACAUUAUUGGCUGAAAGACGGGAACGAAAAGAGAAGAUAGACUAAAGACUACAAAGGAAGGAAGAUCAAGGAGUAAAGAUCUAGGAAAGGCUACAAAGCAUCACAGGCCUACAGAAGAAGAGGAUUAAGAAGAAGAAUGACUAAAGAAGAAGAGGAUAAAAAAGAAGAAUGACUAAAAAAGAGGAUGAACAAGAUGAGUGACUAUAUUAGGCUACAAAGGAAGGAAGAUCAAGGUGUAAAGAUCUAGGAAGGGAUACACAGCGUCACAGGCCUACAGAAGAAGAAGAAGAAGAGGAUGAAGAAGAAGAAGAAGAAGAAGCCAGCGGGAGGAGGAGCCACAGCACAGCCGCGGAGGGCCAGGCAGUGUCGCUCGUGGCUCCGUGGGGGACAACGGACGCUCUCUACCAUGCGGAGGAACUGCAAACUCUUCAUAUUCAUUUCCUGUGUGUGGACGCUCGGUGUAGUCGUGUAUCUCAACACCAACAAGGAUGGCAAGAACACAGGCCGGAGCAAGACAUCUGCUCACUACCUCACGGGUUCGGAGAACUUGGCGCUCAGGCUCAAGGACUCAGCCGUCACGUCACAAGGAGCCUCUUCCUCCAGGACAGCAGCGGGCGCGAGCGAGGGGGCUUCCGCAGGGGGCGCCGUGGUGCCCUCCCUGUUUCUGGACGAGGAGGCGUACAUAGCGGCCGCCACCCUGGCCCCCGGGAAGGACGCCUACAGCAGGAAUAAGUUCAACCAGGCGGAGAGUGACAAGCUGGCGUCCAACCGAGCCAUUCCCGACACCAGGCAUUUUACGUGUCGCAAGAAGCAGUGGCGGACCGACCUACCGCCCACUUCCGUCAUCAUCACCUUCCACAACGAAGCGCGCUCCACCCUCCUCCGCACCGUCGUCAGUGUCUUGAACCGCAGUCCUGAGCACCUCGUGAAGGAGAUCAUUCUGGUGGACGACUUCAGCGAUGACCCCAUGGACGGCGCCGAGCUGGCCAAGAUACAGAAGGUGCGGGUCAUACGAAACGACCAAAGAGAAGGGCUGAUGCGGUCUCGUGUGCGGGGGUCGGAUGCUGCCACCGCCCCCGUACUCACCUUCCUCGACUCCCACUGCGAGUGUAACCAACACUGGCUGGAGCCCAUGCUGGAGCGUGUGGCUGAGGACAGAACGCGGGUCGUGUGUCCCAUCAUUGACGUUAUCAGCAUGGACACCUUCCAGUACAUCGGCGCCUCGGCUGACCUGCGCGGCGGCUUUGACUGGAACUUGGUCUUCCGGUGGGAGUACCUGUCCAGUGACGAGAAGCGCCGGCGGCAGAAGGACCCCACGCAGGUCAUAAAAACUCCCAUGAUUGCUGGCGGACUCUUCAUGAUAGACAAAUCGUAUUUUGAAGAGCUUGGCAAAUACGACAUGGCCAUGGACAUAUGGGGAGGCGAAAACCUGGAAAUCUCCUUCCGCACGUGGCAGUGUGGCGGCAGCCUGGAGAUCGUGCCCUGCUCCCGGGUGGGCCACGUGUUCCGCAAGCAGCACCCUUACACCUUCCCUGGAGGCUCUGGCAACGUGUUUGCCCGAAACACUCGCAGGGCAGCUGAGGUCUGGAUGGAUGACUACAAGAAGUACUAUUACUCUGCUGUUCCCCUUGCCAAGAGUGUUAAUUUCGGGAACAUACAGUCUCGGCUAGAGCUACGCAAGCAACUCAAGUGCCACAACUUCAAGUGGUACCUGGAGAACGUGUACCCUGAGCUGAAGGUGCCAGACAUGGGACACUCAACGUUUGGGGUGUUCAAGCAGGGACUCAAGUGCAUGGACACCUUAGGACACCGAGUGGAGGGGACAGUGGGGCUCUAUGCCUGCCAUGGAACUGGAGGGAACCAGGAAUGGUCGAUGACGCGGGACAAACUGAUAAAGCACAGCGAGCUCUGCCUGACCCUUCCAGAACCCAGGCCAGGCACCUCCCUUGUCCUUGCCCCCUGCCAAAACAGUGACCUUCAGAAAUGGGUGAGGACUGAGGGCGACCGCUUGAUCAUGGCUGAGGACCUUAACCUGUGUGUGGACAGUGGGCGGGAAAAAGCUGUGGGGCUCAUCGUGGAGGGCUGUGAUAAGACAAUCCUCACACAGCGAUGGUCCUUCAUUGCCAAUAAAAGCUAAUGAAUGAGUGCUGUAUAUAGACCAAGAUUUCGACUCAGUCCAAAGUGAGAGGAAUUCAUGAACAGUCUUGUGAUCCUCUCAAGCUGAUCAACUCUUUAUGUAAUGAAGAUUAUCAGUUUUGUUAAGCAUGUGAUAUUUUCACUGUUUUCUGGCAAAGUUAUUUUGAGUAACAAAGCAUUCUGUAGAGAAACUGCAGUAGCAAGAACUGUUACUUGUGUAAAGGUUGGAAACAAUACAAAUGGAAAGAGAUGGAAAAGUAAAUGUGCCUAAUGGAAAGGAAUCUAGUGUGUGACAAGAAAGCAGAGGAGCAAAAAUGAUCAGCAUUUUUAUAUUUCUUCAGUGCUCUGUGUAAAAAUAAAUCAAACUUCAUCUUAGCAGUUACUGGUCAGUGACUAACAUUGAAUAAAGAAGCUUAUCAGGAUUGUGUUCAAGCCUGUGACUAUGGAAGCUUCUCAGUGGUAAAUGUUUGGUGUUAUAAUUUGUGAAGAUUUUAGUUUCUAGUGCCAGGUGGAUGUAUUGUGAUGGUAUAUACAUAAUGUUUCAACUUAUUUUUAUGAGUGACAUCACAGGUUUUAUAUAUAUAUAUAUAUAUAUAUAUAUAUAUUUUUUUUUUGGUUAAGUAUAAUAACAGCCACAUUAUUUUGCAUACAAAUCUGAUUCUAUUGGUGGCAAUAUUCCACUUUUUGUUUUAAUGAUCAUUGUUUUGUUGAUUUUGUUGGAUGAAAUAUUUAUAAAUCUAAGUAUAAGUAAAUUAUAUUGUUAAUUUAAUUUCUUCUGCUAAGGGCAAGUAUUAGAUUUGUAUAUAUUGUUUGCAAAUAGAUUAUAUUUUCCUAUAAGCCCUUGUCACAUCCACGUGGUGGUGCGCGGCAAGGCUGCGUUGGCCCUGCGCCAGACACUCAAAGUAUAGUUUUAUGACCAGUGUGAUCUUAAAAAUGUAACUGUUUGUUUUAUUUUUUUCAGAAACAUUUGUGAUGCCUAUUUAUUCAUGUAUCACAUAUGUGAUUGGACAUGAUAUAUUUUCUAUUAUUUUUUGUAUGUCGGUGUUUGAUUGUUGUGUUUUUAAUUACUUGCAAUUACUGUAAAUUUUAUUUUCUUCAUGUUAUAGUAUAUUCAUCAUUGCAAGCCAAUAAUCUCAUCAGAAUUUUCAAGCAUUUAUUUAAAAGUUCAUAAAAGCUUUUUUGUCUGAAUUCUGCUAUUAGCAUUUAA